GUAGGGAAACUGAGAAAUGACUGACUUAAUAUCUGACGCUGAAGUGCAAGUGCGUUAAGGACAAUGGCACCGGACACUGCCUCCACCCAGAAAGAACCAUCGUGGAUUUGUAAAUGAGAAUUCUUUCCUAAUAUUCCCAACUGAAUUUUCCCAUCGUAGGUAAAUUAAUAUACCCUUUAAGUUCCAAAAAGAGUUUGCAAAACUCUAAUGAUGAACCAACGGUCUUUGAAGAAGCGGAACUAUCAUUUUCACCAACCAUAUGGAUAGCUUUACUGCUCAGAUUCCCCGUUUUAGCCGGGAGAUUUCUUAAUUUUGCUUCCUGUGUAAACCUCCCACGGUACUUGGCACGUAAUUUAAUUUUUAAAAUGCGCUGCCAAACCCUGUAAAGAACCCAACAUCUCGUCAGAGCUCGUUUCUGAUCACUGGUUUCCGGCGGAAGUUGUGCCCGGUUCCUUCGAGUGCCAUGGCGGCUCGUGUGGUGUUGCAGCAGUGUCUGUCGGCUCGGCUGCUGGUGAAGCCGGCGGGGAACGAUGCAGCCGCUGAAUACGUUCAGAUACAAAGAGGGACAUUGAUCUACAUUUGCUUUUUUAAAGGUGCUAGUUUAGAGCUGAUUCCCAAAAUGAUUAAAACACUGUUGAAUGUGAAACUCUGUGAGGAUAAUGAAGGCAACCAUUUGUCCGUGUUGGAUCUACCUGCAAAUGUUCUUAUCAUACCCCAGGCUACCUUGGGUGGUAAAGUGAAGGGACGGGCCAUGCAAUAUCAUGACAAUAUUGGAAAAGAGGAAGGCAAAGAGCUUUAUGCACACUUUGUAGCUCUCUGUGAAAAAGAGUUGGCCUCAAACAGUAAAUGUGCUGAAUCUGGAGUUGUGGUCAAGCAUGGAACAUAUGGAAAUAGACAAGUAUUGCAAAUAGACACCAAUGGCCCAUAUACACACCUGAUUGAAUUUUAAAUAUAUUCAGUGCCAACUAAAUAUCAUUAUUUAAAAUGCUCCAUUUUUGAUGUCCAAUUUUAUCUCAACAGCACAUUUUCUUUUCAAGAGCAGCUAUGCAAUGAGACUUUUGAUUACCAUUAGAAAUGUGGACUGGUAAACAGGAUGUUGUUAAUGACAGUCUUGGUUGAUGUUUAGACUUGUUAUGUUGGAGUUUCCUUUGGCAAUUUGUGAAAGAUGAUUGAAGUGCUAACUGGAAGAUCCAAUUGCACUCACACAUGACGAGUUUCCUUUGAUCGAUGAUGAUGGGCAUGGGAAAGAUGAUAAAUACAUUAUUUUCUACACAAUUUCAAGUGGUAAAUACGAUAAAAUAUUUGUUUCUUCAUUGUAGCAGAGACUCCUGGAAGCAUAUUUUGCUCUGUUUUUCUGGAAACUCCUAUUUAUGAUUAUCAGCCCUGGCACUUAGUCUGUUUGGAACAACCAUUUUUCUGGUUUAAAUAUAAUCCUGAUCAUCUCAGAUUUGUGAAUGUGCAACUUACAUGUUAGUCAAAUUGUUUACUAGAUCACAGAACUUGAACAUUCAGUUGCAAGUAAGAUUGUAUUAUGAAGUAGAAAAUAAUCAGCAAGUCAAGGUGACAGAGUGGGAUUAACUAAAAAGAAAAAAUUCCAUUUAUGGAAGCUGUGGAAAGACAAUACCCUUUAUAAUACCCACAAAUUUACAGCAUGGUAUCAACUGAAGACUUUUUCAUACUCAUAUUUAGCUUUAGAUUGAGGUGCCUUUGCCUCAGAUUCAUCUGGAGCAUUUAUUGGAAAUUGUACAUAGUCUGGCAUCUUUUCUGCCCCACAGUUCAAGAAUCCACCAUUCAGGUGAGAUUUUAAACCCCAGCUAAAGUUUUAUGUUUCUCCCUGUGACCAUAUGGGUUUCCUGUGGGUGUUCCGGCUUCCUCCCACAUUCUGAAGACAUAUAGCUUAGUUAGUAGCUUGCGGGAAUGCUAUAUUGGCACUGCAAGAAUGGCGACACUUGCUGCCUGCCCUCAGCUCAUUCUCGAGCUGCGUUGGUCAUUGAUGAAAAACAAUACAUUUCCCUGUAUGUUUUGAUGUACAUGUGACAAAUAAAGCUAACCAUUAAAGACGUGUCUUGAAAGAAAGGCUGUGAUUCCUUUCAUCUUCCCACAAGAGCCAUUUUUUUCAAGGAGAAGCUAGUAAUUUCUAUUUUCUUUUUGAUGACAUCUGUGCCAAUAUUUCUUGUUCUGCUCCCAUAGAUGUCCCAAAGCCUAUGUGUUCUGAGAAAAAAGGCAAUUAAAUUUUUACCCAUAUCUUUAUUACUGUCUAAGACCUAGUGCUGACUUCUGGUCCUUGAAGGAUGUGAGCAUUACUUCAAAGCCUGCAUCAUUUUGUGUUCAAAUAUGCUUGAAUUCAAGCAACUUCUAACAUUCCAAUGGGCUGUUCUUUACAUGUGACACUUGCUAGCUUAGCUACACAAAGACUGUCUUGCAUAGAAGUACAGCUCUAAUUUGCUUUGUGUUUUUACAGAAAUUGCUGGAAAUACCCAGCUUGCUAAGCAAUAUCUGUUGAGAGAAAUGGUUAAAAUUUCAGACUGAUGACCUAACUGUUCGGUUGCCUUUACAAUUUGAAAUCAUUUAGAUGAACUCAGUGGAUACUAUGGUCAGUAAAAGUUUGUAUGAAAUUAAAAAUUGUAAACUAAUAAUGAAAAAUGUAUAUAGAAUUGAUAUCUACAGUAUAAAUAAAUGAUUCAGUUUUGAUGUGAAUAUAAUGAAAAAUGUACUGUAUUUAAUAGGGUUUUGGGAGCAGUACUUAAAACCCCUAUUUGAAAUAAAGUAACAUGAGAUUUUUU